AUGAAGGUUUUCGCGACCAUGGCCGGCCUUUUGGCCGCGGCUGUCGCCGCCCCCUCCAGUGAGCACAAGCUCGUGGCGCGCCGCAAUGGUAUCGACUAUGUUCAGAACUACAAUAGCAACCUGGGUGCCUUCAGCUACAACGAGGGCGCUGGUCAAUUCUCCAUGUACUGGGAUCAAGGUGUCAACGGUGACUUUGUCGUUGGUCUGGGUUGGCGCACUGGGUCUAAGGAACCCAUCACCUAUUCCGCCACCUACUCUGCUGCCAACUCUGGCUCGUACCUCGCCGUGUAUGGCUGGAUCAACUCCCCACAGGCCGAGUACUAUGUUGUUGAGAACUACGGUACCUACAACCCCUGCAGUCAGGCUCAGAGCCUAGGCACCCUGACCUCCGACGGAGGUACCUACCAGGUUUGCACCGACACCCGCUACAACCAACCUUCCAUCACUGGCACCAGCACCUUCACCCAGUACUUCUCCGUCCGUCAGAACAAGCGCUCUUCUGGAACGGUCACGGUCAACAACCACUUCAACUUCUGGGCCCAGCACGGGUUCGGUAACAGCAACUUCAACUACCAGGUCAUGGCGGUUGAGGCUUUCAACGGCAAUGGUCACGCCUCCGUCCAGGUCUCUGGUUAA